AAAAUGAAUGCACCAAAAGCAAUUCCUUUCAUAAAAUACAUCAACAAUCAAUUUCAGGUCGAUCCUUAAGCUGAAUAAUUUCUAACUUCCUUGGGCUCAGAAAAACUUGGAGUUGUCUCCAUUGUAGGAAAAUAUAGAACUGGGAAAAGUUUCUUUGUUAAUCGAGUUCUUCUGAAUCAAUAAGCAGGAGGUUUUUCAGUAGGUCCUACAAUAAAUCCUUGUACCAAGGGUUUGUGGAUAUGGAGUUAAACAAUCACAGCUUAAAAUGCUGAAUUCCCAGAUAUGAAGGCUAUUAUUAUUGAUACUGAAGGUUUUGGAGGUAUGGAUGAGAAUGUUAAUCAUGAUACAAGGAUAUUUCUCUUCAGUCUUCUAUUAAGUAGUUAUUUUAUUUACAAUUCUGUUGGCAACAUUGAUGAGAAUGCCUUAAACACUUUGAAUUUAAUAGUCAAUCUUGCUAAGGUAAUAAUUAAUUACAUAACAAUUAGGACAUUUAAUAAAAUAACGAGAAUACAUUUCCUUAAUUCUUAUGGAUUGUUAGAGAUUUUGCUCUUCAAAUGGUGGAUCAAUAAGGAAAUUCCAUCAAUCCAAAACAAUAUCUUGAAAAUGCCUUAGAAUUACAGAAAGGAUUAUCUGAUUCUGUGGAAUAAAAGAAUCGUAUAAGAAGAAUGAUUAAACAUUUCUUUAGAGAACGUGAUUGUAUGACAAUGGUUAGGCCAGUUGAGAGAGAGGAAGAUCUUUAAAAAUUGGAUUCUCUACAUGAUAAUAAUUUUAGAGGAGAGUUUGUUUAGUAAUUGAAAGAAGCAAGAUCUAAGAUAUUCAAACGAAUUAAACCUAAAUCUGUUUAAGGAAGCAUGGUUAAUGGAAUUUAAUUACUAUAAUUGGCAAAGGCUUAUGUUGAUUUAAUAAAUGGAGGUAAAGUGCCAAAUGUUGAAUCUGCAUGGGGUUAUGUAUGUAAAGCAGAAGGAGAGAGAGCACUUAGAGAAUGUAUAAAUUUGGCUGAAUAAUAAAUUGAGAAGAUGAAGACUUAGGUGAUUUAAGAUUUACCUACUGUUAAAUAGCAAUUAUUAGAUUAGGUUAGGAAGUAAUUCAAAUUGAAAGCCAUAGGAUCUGAGGAUGAUCUAAAAUAAUUUACAGAGAAAUUAUCAGAAUAAUUUGAAGAAAAAUUUAAAGAACUUAAAUAAAGUAAUAAAAGAAAUCUAAAGGUAUUUAUGAAAUCAUUAUUUAGAAUCAUCAAUCUAAAGUAUUAUAACCUCAUAUUGAAAACAUUCUUGAUAAAUUAAAAAAUGAUCAAUUUUCUAAUUAUUAUGAAUUAUAAUCAGAAAUGUUUAAAAUUAGAGAUUAAUUUCAAAAGGAAGUAGGUAGAAAUUAAUAAGUUUCAUAAUUAUUUGAUGAAAUGAGUUUAUAAAUUUAUUAAUAGGCAGCAGAAAAAUUAACAAGAAAAGCUUCUCAAUAAACUAAUUAAGAGAAUAAAUAAUUAUAAUAUAAGAUAUAGAAUUUAGAGAAAGAGUUAAAGAUAUUACAAGAUGAAAAACAUUAAUUAGAAUUACAAUCUAGUAGCAAAUUAGAAAAAUUAUAUAAGGAAAAUGAAUUAUUAUCAAAAAGUGAAUUACAACUUAAAACAUAAUUCUAAUAAAUUUAAUAAUAAACACAAUAAGUUUAAUAAUAAAGUCAACAUUAAAUUUAAUAGCAUGAUAAAUAAUUGGCCUUAAUUAGUUAAGAAAAUGUUUAUUUAUAAAAAGAAAUAUAAACUUUGAAUGAUAGAUCAUCUUAGUUAGAAAAUGAAAAUAAAAAACUUAGAUAAGAAUUGAUUACUUAAAAAGCAGCUAAUGAAUAAUUAUAAUAAAAAUGUCAUUCAUUAGAUUAUGGAAGAGCUUAAGAGAUAUAAAAGUUACAAUUAGAAUUUGAAAAAAAAAUACAAGAAUUGAAUAAUGAUAUUGAUUCAAAAAAAUAAACAGCUAGAUAAUAAAGUGAAUGGAUGGUUGAAAAAUCAUAUUUAGAAAAUUAAGUUACAUUCUUGAAGAGUUAGUUAGAUGAAAACAAAAGAUUACAUGAUGCUCUUUUGAUUGCUUUAUAAUGUAUAUAUUACUUAUUAAAUUCAAGCUUAAAACAAUCCUAGUAAUGAUUAUUAAGAGUCUACUCUUGAACUUUUAGAAACAAAUAGAAAUCUCUCAGCUGCUAUGGAUAAAAUGGAAAUGAGAUGUAAAUAAUUAGAAGAAAAAGUUACUAAAUUAAAAAAAUUCAAAAAGAUCUUUAAAAAUAGUUCCAGUAUUGUUUGUUUACAUUGUAAUAGACAAUAUUAAAGUAAUGGUUUUAGUUAACAUUUAUCAACAUGUAUUGAUAAUAACCCUUGUAAUCCAAUAGUAACAACUUAAUAAUAACAAUAAUAACAAUAAUAAUAAUAAUAGUAAUAAUAAUAAUAAUAAUAAUAAUAAUAAUAAUAAAAUUAACCUCAUUAAUAAACUCAUAAUCAAUCUCUUACUCAUCCUCUACCACCUCCAAUUGAUUUAAGUUAGUUAUAAAUUUCAAUUAAUCAAACCAUGGUUAGAGAAACUCCUGAUAAUAAACCUUAUACUGAAUAUAUGAUUAGAGUUCAAUAUAAUUUAAAGAAAUGGACUAUUUCAAGAAGAUAUAAAAACUUUUGUGAAUUACAUUAAGCAAUCAUUCAAUAAUAUCCAAAUUUGAAAAUGCCAGAAUCAAGUUCAGCCAUCAUCAAUACAGCUGAUAUUGGCAGUGUCUUUAAUGCUAAAAGACCUACAGUUAUUGAAGAUAGAAGAAGAGCUUUACAAUCAUAUAUUAGAGAUUUGGCAAAACUAGAUCCCGUUAGAAAUUGUGCAGCAUAUCGUAAAUUCUUAGAUUUGGAUACAAUAGAUUAAGUUGAAUAACCAAGUAGAAGUAUGUCAUAAAGUAAAUACUUAUUCAUAAUAUUAGUGGGAUCACCUAAAAAUGAAGGACUUUAAUCUUCUAGAGAUUAUGGAAGAGACUCUCUAUCAGUUAUGCCUAAGCCUUUUUGGAAAUAAUCAACCCAAUAAAUUGCUAUUGGUGCUUCUACUUCAAGGGAAUAGAAAUAUGAAGAAGUUCCCUAAUAAAAUAAUUAUGCUAGAUAAAAAGAAAAUUAACCUACUUCAUCAGCAUCAAAUUUAAACACUAAAAUUGAUAGAAAAUUGUUACCACAAUCACCUUAAUCAUUCCUGAAGGCAUUCUAGAAAUAAUAAGAAAGUAAAUUUUAUAAUUAAUUAUUAGCAUCAAAAGUAUAUAGAAUGCAUCAUUAACAUUCAUUAUUAGAAAUAUCAGGAGAUAUAUAAUGA